CCCACAGCGGGUCCUGGGUGUGGGGACCGGCAAGGGGAGAAGGGAUUCCCCGGAGGCUCCGGCUGCAGUCGGGUAAAGGAAGCGCCCGGGCGUCCCUGGGAGGAGAGACUGGAGUUGGGGGAUUCCAGGGGCUGGAACGCCCUGGAUGCUGUGGCACUGGGGAUGCCUCUGCGCUGCCCUCCAAGUGCUGAAGCAACAGGCCCAGCAGACGGAGAGAGGAGGGGGAGGGUCGGGGCUCCGGAAUGUCUGGCAGGGAAGCCGCUCUCUUUGUCCGGGGAGCAGGAGGCAGAUUCCUAAGGAGAAACUGUCCCCAAGCUUCCUCCUGAAACCAUAGCCUAUGAGAGCGCUAAACUCCUAUCUCUUCAUGAGAAUCAAGUUGCCACUAAGGCCACCACAACCCGGCUUCUCAGCUGACCAGCCUUUCCAGGGACCCUCCGCCCAGUCCGCCGCAACUACUACGACCCGUCCUCGGCCCCCGGGAAGGGCGUGGUGUGGGAGUGGGAGAACGACAACGGCUCUUGGACGCCCUACGAUAUGGAAGUGGGCAUCACCAUCCAGCACGCCUAUGAGAAGCAGCACCCCUGGAUCGACCUCACCUCCAUCGGCUUCAGCUACGUCAUUGACUUCAGCACCAUGGGCCAGAUCAACCGGCAGACCCAGCGCCAGCGCCGCGUGCGCCGGCGCCUCGACCUCGUCUACCCCAUGGUCACGGGCACCUCGCCCAAGGCCCAGUCCUGGCCGGUCAGCCCGGGGUCGGUCACCUCGCCCCCUGCGCCACCCUGCUCCUGUCCACAGUGUGUCUUGGUGAUGAGUGUUAAGGCGGCCGUGGUCAAUGGCAGCUCUGGGCCCCUGCAGCCCCCAGCGACCCGCAAGAACAUGCCGCCCUCCGGAGUGAUCAAGCUGCCGCCCCCACCAGGCCUCGGGGCCAAGCCGCUGGACAGCACAGGCACCUUCCGAGGCCCGGUGAAGACAGCCCCAUCACAGGUGAUCCGGCGACAAACCUCCAGCAUGCCUGCUGGGGCAACUGCGGGCUCUCCUGCCAGCCCCCCAGGAGCCAACGGCAAGACGGGAAGGGUGGCCCUGGCCACCCUGAAUCGUACCAACCUGCAGCGACUGGCCAUCGCCCAGUCCCGGGUGCUGAUCGCCUCUGGGGUCCCCACUGUCCCAGUGAAGAACCUAAACGGGUCCAGUCCUGUCAACCCUGCCUUAGCAGGAAUCACUGGGAUCCUCAUGAGUGCAGCGGGGCUCCCCGUGUGUCUCACCAGGCCACCAAAGCUGGUCCUACACCCACCCCCCGUCAGCAAGAGCGAAAUAAAAUCCAUCCCAGGGGUUUCCAACACAAGCCGCAAGACCACCAAAAAACAAGCCAAGAAAGGUAAAACCCCAGAGGAAGUGCUGAAGAAGUAUCUGCAGAAAGUCCGGCACCCGCCGGAUGAGGACUGCACCAUCUGCAUGGAGCGCCUCACGACCCCCUCCGGCUACAAGGGCCCGCAGCCGACGGUGAAGCCCGACCUGGUGGGAAAGCUGUCCAGAUGCGGCCACAUCUACCACAUCUACUGCCUGGUGGCCAUGUACAACAAUGGGAACAAGGAUGGAAGUUUGCAGUGUCCAACCUGUAAGACCAUUUAUGGGGUGAAGACAGGCACCCAGCCCCCGGGGAAGAUGGAAUACCACCUCAUCCCCCACUCUUUGCCUGGCCACCCAGACUGCAAAACCAUCCGGAUCAUCUACAGCAUCCCGCCUGGCAUUCAGGGGCCAGAACACCCGAAUCCCGGGAAGAGUUUCAGCGCCCGGGGCUUCCCACGACACUGCUACCUUCCGGACAGCGAGAAAGGGAGAAAAGUUCUGAAGCUGCUGCUCGUGGCCUGGGAUCGCCGCCUCAUCUUUGCCAUCGGUACCUCCAGCACCACGGGCGAGUCAGACACGGUCAUCUGGAAUGAGGUCCACCACAAGACAGAGUUUGGCUCUAACCUCACUGGCCACGGCUACCCAGAUGCCAAUUACCUGGAUAACGUGCUGGCUGAACUGGCUGCCCAGGGCAUCUCUGAGGACAGCACGGCCCAGGAGAAGGACUGAGGCUGGAGGGGCUCUGAAGUGGGGGGGUGGGGACUGCAGGACAGGAAGUGGGGAGUCAAGGUAGGAGUCAGUGCCGUGCGCUCACGGCUCCUGCCGAGUCUCCCUUCCUGGCCUGUCUCCAUCCCCCUCCCUCCCAGUCCCAGGGGCAGCCAGGUUGAAUAAGGGGACAUCAUUCAUAAACCUCAUCCAACACGAAGGGGCCACGGGAUGAGGGCCUUCCUGGGUCUGUUCCCAUGGAGUUUUUGGUGCUGGGCAGGCAAGAACCCCCUCCCCGGCCCUGCCUCCCGGGUAGGGGCACAGGCGGCACACUUAGGGUAUGGCCAGUGCGUGGGCACUCCAUACCCUGGCCUGGUGGCGCCAAGGUUGCUCGACUCAGCUGGCUUCUUGCUGCUUCCACUCUGCUUUGAGAAUGGAGUUUCCGCUUUUCUCUCCUCUGCUGGAGGCAGGGAACUCUCACUGUGCAAGGUUGGGGGGUGGGCAAAGGGGUGAACCGCUAAACUGCUAUGAGCUGAGACACUGGAUGCCCUGGUGUAGAGUGGUGUAGAGCGAGGAAGCGUUUCUUGCCUAGAGGGCCAGAGAGGCAGAGGCUCUGGGAGCACGUCCAGCUCUCGUCAUAGUCCUGGGCUUCUCCGGGCCCUCCCUUCCUCCUCACACCUUUGACCUGUCCAAAGAGGCAUCUGGUUCUCUGGUGUGGAUGGAUGGACUCUGGGAUUCCUCUCUGAGGUGGCAUUCCAUGAUGCUGUUUCUAGCCCCUCUCUGAUCAAACCAGAGCCUGCAUCCCCCCGAGCAUCUGAACUGUCCUCAGGGAGAGAGGCCCAUAGCCUUCUUCCCAGCCCCUCCUAGACCAGCUCAAAGAUUCCAUGAGUUUCAUCAAGUCACUGUGAGCAGAGCCCGCGGUGGGCUCUGUGCUGUCUGUGUGUGUGCAUGUGGGUGGGUGGGCAUCUCGGGGCCAGGUGGGUGGAGCGGCCCAUCGUGUCCCUGCACCCUGUUUUGCAAGAUGCCAAACCCCGAAUCCGAUGGGGAUCAAACAGCCAGGCUGUGGUCCUUUGAAUUUCCUCACCCUUUGCCAAACUAUCCCUUAGGAAACUUAGACCCCAAUGGAGUCAGAACUGUGCCUGGGGAGAUGUGAGGAGGGGAGGGCCGGAUUGACCCCUUUUUAUAUUUCUUUUCAAGAUUGGAUCAGAGCCAAUCUUCAUCCAGUCUUGUUUCUAUGAGGGCUUCAAUCUGUCUCCGUGCAGAUUUGCUAAUCAGAGCCCAGAGGUGACACUGGGCCUCUUAUCCCCCUCAUCUGUCAUACGUUGACUCAGAGCACGGAGGGACCCUCUGUAGCUCGUUCCUAACAGGGUCAGGACCACAUUGUGGUCUGGUCCAACCUGCUCCUGGGUUGUGUCCCCAGACCCUGUCUAUCUCCUCCCCAACAUUCCUCUUGCCUUUGGUCCCCAUUAAGGAAUGAAUUGGGGGUCGGGGAGGAGAGAAGGGGGAUCAAGAAGGGAAACCCAAUUCCCCCUUUGAAAGUGGGUUCUUUGAACUAUGUGUUUGGGGGAAGUUCCUCUGGAUACUAAUUUGAAUUUAUAUACCUCAUGUUUUGGGGGUUGGACGUAUAUAUAUGCAUAUAUAUUUCAUUAUAUUUGGAAGGUUUUUGAUGCUGGAAAAAUCGAAACGAAAGAACCUUCAAAAAUGGUACUUAGGUUAGACCCGGAGGCCAAGCUUUCAGCAGAGCCGGUUCCGUAGCUGCUGGCCGUUGGGCCUACAGCCAUUUUGACGUUGGUGUGGCCAGUGGAGUCACCCGAGUGUCACCUG